UUCGUUGAUAUCGUAACCUCUCGUAACAAGUAACGUGAGAAAAUUGUCGUAUGUUAUUAAUGAUUCACCGGGCAUUUUAAAUCAAUUUGUGUUUUAUUACAUCGUCCUAUAUACAUCUAAUAUUAUUCACACUCGUAUUCAGUGCUAUAGUUUCUUUACCGCGAUUUUUUCCGUCCCGUUCUCCUUUCGUAUAUCUUUUUGGUUAGAAAAGAAAGGAUUAAUUCUUGCAAUGGGAAACGUUCAUACUUGCGGCCCAAACGAAGCUCUCGUUGUGUCAGGUGGGUGCUGUGGUUCAAUGAGAAAGAGAACAAUCGUCGGUGGAUAUGCGUUUACCUGGUGGUUCGUCACUGAUGUGCAACGGCUAUCAUUAGAAGUGAUGACUCUAAACCCGGUAUGUGAGAGCGUGGAGACGGCACAGGGUGUACCACUGACGGUCACCGGAGUAGCGCAAUGCAAGAUCAUGAAGGCUGAUGAGUUGUUGCACACAGCCAGCGAACAAUUUCUUGGGAAAAGUGUUCACGAGAUCAAAUCCACAAUUUUGUCUACUUUGGAAGGUCAUCUUCGAGCUAUAUUAGGAACGCUCUCAGUGGAGGAAGUUUAUAAAGAUCGGGAUCAAUUUGCGGCUCUUGUGCGGGAGGUCGCUGCGCCAGAUGUUGGACGUAUGGGUAUCGAGAUUCUUUCUUUCACGAUAAAGGACGUUUACGACGACGUUCAGUAUUUAACAUCGCUCGGAAAAGCACAAACGGCUGCUGUUAAAAGAGACGCCGAUGUUGGCGUCGCGGAAGCAAAUCGCGAUGCAGGCAUUAGGGAAGCGGAAUGCGAGAAAUCGGCGAUGGACAUAAAGUAUAACACUGAUACGAAGAUAGAAGACAACGCAAGACUCUACCAAUUGCAGAAAGCUAAUUUCGAUCAGGAAGUAAACACAGCUAAAGCGGAAGCUCAGUUAGCUUAUGAACUUCAAGCAGCGAAGAUAAAACAGCGAAUACGAAACGAAGAGAUACAAAUAGAAGUCGUAGAAAGACGCAAGCAAAUCGAAGUUGAGGAACAAGAAGUACGCCGUAAAGAACAUGAACUUCAAAGUACAGUACGAUUACCAGCCGAAGCUGAAUUCUAUAAAAUGGGAAGAAUAGCUGAAGGAAAGAGAACUCAGACUGUAAGCGCAGCAAAAGCUGAAGCUGAAAAAAUUCGAUUGCUUGGAGAAGCGGAAGCCCACGCUUUAGAAGCCGUUGGUAUAUCGGAAGCUGAGCGCAUGCGAAUGAAAGCGGCAGUUUACAAGAAGUACGGCGAAGCAGCGAUAUUAAAUAUAACUCUAAAUGCCUUGCCAAAGAUCGCGGCUGAGGUCGCAGCUCCGUUAGCAAGAACAGAAGAAAUCGUGCUUCUCGGAGGAAGCGACGCAACCAGCGGAGAACUUACGCGUCUCGUAGGACAAGUACCUCCAGCUGUACAAGCAUUGACUGGUGUAGAUCUUUCCAAAGUAUUAGGUAAAAUACCGGGAGCAAAGUAAUACUGACACUGGGAUUCACAGAAACAGCGACUAAACGUAAAUCUGGCAACGGUUUGAAUAAGGUGUGAACCUGUACUGCCAAAGAGGUUUAUCUGCUAUUCUAUUUUCUAAUAAUGUAAGAUUCCGCUUUUUUCUCUUUCCCGAAUCUUGCUCUACCUCAAGUCUAGAUGACGCAGCGUUGCUCCAGCAGACACGCUUUCAUUCUUUAUUGUGCGGAUAAAUCCGUUCGAGAUGCCCGCGUCGUACUCGCGCGUUCUUUAGUUUAAAAAUGUACGUAUAGAACGUACGCGAUAAUAUUCCACGUCGUUGAUGUAAUAUCGUUGCAAACGUGAACUUAGGGAAUGGGCGACUAGCGUGAUCUUGAAUUACAAAUUCAUUAGAAGUGAAAUCUACUAAUUUAAAACACACGACAAUCUUCUACAUUUUCGCUACAUUAUAUUAUUCCAGUUACAGAUAUUGAUCGGUUAUUAACUUUACAAAAAAGUUCUGUCCAUGAUCGUGUACCUAACUAAGGACCGAUUAUGAAUAAGUCGCAAUAACACGAUUGCUUGUUAGUGGUGGAAUGCAUAAAAUGACGACAUAAUUGCUUAUAUAAUAAAUGUUUGUUCUUAGAUAC